UAUUUAUAUUUUUCUAAAGUAUAUGCUGUAAAUUGUGAUCAAAAAUUCUUUCAGCUCUUUUUUUUUCAUCAGGCUCCGUUUCGUUUUUGGCUAGAUGAUAUAUAUCACCGCCAACACGUUUGUAUCCAAUCUUUUUGAUUUUGUUACCAAAAUACACCAUCGUUGUUUUUGAUGCAUCUACACUAUUUAUGAAUUGUCCUGCCUGUGUAAAUUUGCUCCACUAAUCAAUGGAAAACUAAAGACCGAAUCCAUUUAACAUUCACCUUUAAAAAGUGGUGGAAAAUUACAACGUGCUUUGGAAAUUUUUAUUGAUCAUCAACCAUCGCAAAUUCGCGCAUGAAAAAAAUGACUUAAUCUGCUGGCUAUCAAAUACCUGCCUUUCAAAUUUCAAAUUUCAAUCCGUGUUUUUGUUAUUUAGAAAUCUGAAGUUAUAUUAGUAAAGUAGUAUUUGGUAUAAUUUAUGUCAUCACUUGGUCAACCUACAAAAAAUUGAGCUUCGGUCAAAGAUAUUUUAGACCAAAAAUCUCUUCCUCAAACCAUAUCGAAUUAUUCGAUAAUGAUGUUGCUCUGGAUAAAAAUAUUCUGAUCAAAAACAAUUUGAGACCAAAUUACAUCUACUAAACUUGUAGAUAACCACAACAGAAUACCACUAUCUUGUUAUUUGUUAUAAAGUCAUGAUGCAUUUAUUAUAAAAUCAAAACUCAUAAAAACUGGCCUGUAUUAGGCGUUAGUUUGAGUAUCAGCUUUACUAAACAGAUAUUCAAAAAUAAAAAUGAGUAUGACGAUAUACCUUUAUCGUAUAACUCAUUUUUAAGUUACUUGUUCUUAAUACGCCAUUUUACUUUAUCAUUAAUUCCUGACGUUUACCGAAGACUCUUAAAAAGUGAAGUGCUUUUUGCUCUAUUUAUGAACUGCACCACGCGCGUGCAUUUAUCGAAAGCAGCGGACUAAAAAAAACGACAUACAUUAUUCGUCCCAAAAACUGGCAGAAUUAAAGAACUAAAAAGGCUCAAACUCAUCAACCCAAGGCGUGGCUCUCCUGCGAUUUCGGAUCAUAUGCUAUUAACUUCAAUUACAGGAGCUUACUUUAUGCGCUCGAACAAUUAAGUGCUUAUUCGGUAGUUGCAAGAAUCAUGACACGAAAAUUUUCAGUUUGACGUCACAGUCUCGGGGCAUGAAUGGACCUGACUCUGAGGACACUUUUUACCAGUUUCUCAUCUAAAUGGCCACCAAAAAUAACCUCACGGCAGUCAUAAACAUGGACGACCCAAAUGCGGAACCGGGAGAACACGAGGAGUCCUCUCAGCAGGUGCUAGUCCAGGAACUCACCCCCCAGCUGCUGAAGAAACUCCUCAACCCUCCUCCCCCUCCCGAAAGAGCCAGAUCUGCCCAUCACCAUCACCACAGGAGUCCCACACCCACUCAGCGGAAACCCUCGUCAAUCAACAAUCACCUAGAGCUCCCAGAUGAAGAUUCAAUGCGAUCUUCGAAAGUGUCAAUCCGGGAACAACUCGAGAAGUCGGCGAUUAGUUUGGACGAGUACGGCGCCGCACCCCGCGUGAGACGGAAACUAUGCGGCUGCAUCCCACUGCCAGGGAAAAAAGUCGCUCAAAAAGAAACUCACCAAGAGUUAGAGCCAAACACCGAGUUGGAGGAGGGCAAAACACUACCGAACGACUACGAACCGUUUCCGAAAGAACUGGCCGGAAAGCCGAUAAUGGAAAUAGACCCGAGCCGGAUGAAAAACAAAUCGGUGGUGGUUAUCUCAAAAAGAAUGCGUAAAAAUACAAUAUAUCGUUUUUCAGCCACAAAUGCGAUGAAUUUUAUGAGUCCUUUGCAUCCUCUGCGACGCCUCAUGAUGUAUGUGGCAACCAACGAGUUUUUCGAUUACUUGGUCAUCUUGUGUAUUUUAGCCAAUUGUGUUUUUCUUACUCUGAAGGAGCCGGUGGAAGAAGCCGAAUACUUCUUCCAAGCCUUUUACACGGUCGAGAUGACAAUUAGAAUUUUAGCCAGGGGCUUCGUGAUGCAUAAACACACGUAUUUACGGGAUCCGUGGAACUUUCUAGACUUUUUUGUGGUUAUGAUAGGAUAUGUGAUUAUUGUUCUGGAGACGACACGCGCCAAUCCCAACUUCUCCUUCAAUGUGGCCGCUUUGAGGACCUUCAGGGUGCUAAGGGCUCUCAAGACAAUAUCAAUCAUUCCAGGUCUGAGAACGAUAGUGAAUGCACUAAUAAAUGCACUGAAGAUGCUGCUAGAGGUCAUGGUCCUCAUGGUCUUCGGUCUUUGUGUGGCCUCUCUCCUCGGUCUGCAAUUAUACAUGGGGGUACUGCGCAACAAAUGCGUGCUCAACUGGCCAUCAAAUAUCUCGAAUGAAGAUUACUUUAAUCACACCAAUAACCCUGACAAUUGGCAGAUACACAUGUCUUUCGACGAGACAUACUUAGUCUGUGGCAACACCAGCUACACCGGGGAGUGUGACGUGGGCCACACGUGUCUAGCUGUGGGCCCCAACCCCAACUGGGGCUACACCUCGUUCGACCACAUCGGAUGGUCCCUGGUCUCCUCCUUCCAACUCAUCACCCUCGACUACUGGGAGAACUUAUACGACCUAAUUCUGAUGUCGGCUGGUCCCUGGAAUGUGUUGUUUUUCAUCAUCCUCGUCUUCUUCGGCUCUUUCUAUCUCAUCAAUCUCAUGCUCGCGGUCGUCACCCUCUCGUACGAGGAGGAGUCCACCAACGUCGAGAACGAGGCCAAGGAAGAGCAGCAGUCCAAAGACAGGAUGGAGAGACGUGAACACGACAAGGCCGCUGCCCUGGAACAUUCAGACUACCCUGGUUCAAAUUCACUGGCAGCACCAGCAGAUGCAAACCGAGCGACAACACCCAGCAGACAAGCCAAACAAGAGAGUUCAGAUCAGAAAAAAUCGGCGGGUUCAAUGAGAAAAAAGAAAAAACUCAAGGAGGGCGACGAUGACGAUGAAGAUGAUGCCGAUGGAAUUCCAGAUGAUCCCCAGGCGCAGCUGGAGCGCAUGAACAUCAUGUGGUGUUGCGGGCCCCUUUGCACAGUCGGCUGCUGUAAAUGUUGCGGGCCAGUGGAGGCGAACAAGUGGUUCCCGGUGCAACUGGUCAUCUACCGAUGGGUUACUGACCCUGUUUUCGACAUUGUGGUCACUCUGCUAAUUGGAGUGAACACUCUCUUCCUCGCACUGGACUACCACAACAUGCCGCAGACACUCAAAGAAGUGCUCGGUUGGGGCAACCAGAUCUUCACUGCCUUUUUCUGUGUGGAAGCACUUCUCAAAAUCAUCGCCAUGGGCAAGGAGUACUUCAAGAACAAGUGGAACGCCUUCGACUUCGUUAUAGUGCUAUUCAGCAUUGUCGAGAUAAUAGUGUCGGCUGUGUUUGACGACGCCGCUUUCGACGGCCUCACCAUUCUACGAGUACUGCGACUCAUGAGAGUAUUCAAACUCGCCAGGUCUUGGGCAACUAUGCGAAUUCUGCUCGCCAUCAUUGGGUCUACUCUGAGUGCCUUGGGGAACUUGACUCUGAUUCUCAUCAUAAUCAUUUAUAUCUUCGCCGUUAUUGGGAUGCAGCUGCUGGGCGAGGGAUAUACUACAGAGAAAUGGGCAAACCUAACAACUAUAGAGAACCUGCCGGCAGAGGUGCCUCGCUGGAACUUCAAAGACUUCUUCCACUCCUUCAUGAUGGUGUUCCGCAUCCUCUGCGGAGAGUGGAUCGAGGCACUGUUCGACUGUAUGCGGGUCAACGGGGAACCCAUGUGCAUGAUCAUAUUCAUCACCACCCUCAUAGUCGGAAACUUCCUCGUCCUAAAUCUCUUCUUGGCCCUCCUUCUGAACAAGUUCGGCCAAGAGAAUCUGAAGAAGCAGCGGCAGCAGCAGCAAAAUACCAGACUGAAGGCGGGUUGGAAGAGGCUGCAAGGCUUGCUGAAGAAAAACACAAGGGUGCAGCCUCGGUUCUUAGAUGUACUCAAUGCUGCCAAAACAGGCGAAGAGGAAGAAGACCAGGCCAACAUCAGUCCCUUGUUGCGAGCCCUCCGGCAGGCCAAAGCGGAGGGCAAACUAGCCGAAGUGCAGGAUCAACUCGAGGCAGAAUUCCAGCAACUAAAGAAACAGAUGGCGCCCAAGAUAGUAAUCAACUCCCCCUCCAGUCAACAGGCCAAUGGGCAGCUCUCGGAUGGGGGAGGGGGAGCUGCGUUGUCAAAUGGGGACGUGCAAAGCAAUGGACAUGCUGUCCAGGCAUUCAGAGAUCAAGAAACUCAAGAUGCAUUCGACUUGCUAGAAGAGAUGUCUAAAAAUGAAAAAGGUGCAACAAAAGGUCAACCGCGUGACGACAACCGGUUUUCUCCCAUCAAAGCCAAAGCACUGAUAGACCGGAAGUCCGGCAAGACGGUGCUCAAAUUCUCAGACGACGCCAAGGACUCACACGGGAACGGGGCGAAAACAGAGCCCAAAACUGACACAAAGAAGAAGAAAAAAAACGAGGACGAAGAGGAAGAAAAACCUCUGGAGGACUGUUUUGGCAGUUUGAUCACGACUCGGCUGUCCUCCUCGUGCGGGAAGUGGUGUGGCAACAGUUUGGCGGGCAGGGGCUGGACCAGAUUCCGCAGACUCUGCUUCCGAAUUGUUGACCACAGAGUGUUCGAGUGGUUUAUCCUCGUAAUCAUCCUCGUCAGCAGCAUAUCACUCGCUUUCGAAGACAUCUACUUGAGUCAAAGGCCAGUCAUGGAGGAUACAUUAAACAUCAUGAACUACGCGUUUGUUGGCAUCUUUACCAUCGAGAUGUUACUCAAAUGGUUCGGACUCGGAUUCAAGGUGUACUUCUCGAACGGGUGGUGUUGGCUGGACUUCUUCAUUGUGAUGGUGUCCUAUACGAGCAUCAUCACUGAGAGUGUGUUGCAAGACGACAGUCUGGCAGCCCUCCGAUCCCUCAGGACUCUCAGAGCACUCAGACCCCUCAGGGCCAUAUCCAGGUGGCAGGGCAUGAAGAUUGUGGUGAAUGCACUGGCCUCAGCCAUCCCCUCCAUCUUCAAUGUGCUCCUGGUGUGCAUAGUGUUCUGGCUCAUCUUCAGCAUCAUGGGAGUGCAGCUGAUGAAGGGACGCUUCUACGCGUGCUACUCCCUCACACCCACCGGGGAGGUGGAGGAGAGAAUGGGGUGUAACAUCCCGAAUACUACAACCAAGAUUACCAGAGAGUGGUGCGAUAACCAGACAGACGCCAAGUGGAUCAACCAGAAGGUCAACUUCGACAACGUCGCCAUAGGAUACCUCGCUCUCUUCCAAGUCGCGACGUUUGAGGGUUGGAUGGAGGUGAUGGCGGCGGCUGCAGACGCCACAGACAUGGACAAACAGCCUUGCUAUGAGAGCAACCUCCUCAUUUCCUCCAUCUACUUCGUCUUCUUCAUCAUCUGUGGCUCAUUCUUCACUCUCAACCUAUUCAUCGGAGUCAUCAUCGACAACUUCAACACCCUCAAAAAACGAUACGAUGGAGAGGGUGCGGUGGAUGUAAUGUUGACUCCUUCUCAGAAGAACUACUACCAGACUCUGAAGAGACUCGCUGCCCGCAAACCACAGAAGACUGUCAAAAGGCCAAAGAACAAAGUGAUGGCCUUCUUCUUCGACAUCUCGACGUCGACCAAGUUUGAGAUCUCAAUCGCAGUUGUGAUCCUGUGCAACAUGUGCACUAUGGCCUUCGACCACUACGAGAUGCAGGACUCCUGGGUGUACACUCUGUUCUGCCUCAAUAUCAUGUUCACCACCAUCUACACUCUGGAAGCGGCUGUGAAGAUAGUGGGACUGAGACAACAGUACUUCAUGUAUGGCUGGAACCUGUUCGAUUUCUUCAUUGUCAUUGUGUCGAUUGCAGACAUAAUCUUGGAGGCCAUGAUUGAAACGAAUACUGUGUACAUCAAACCAGGAACACUACGAGUAGUGCGACUGUUCCGAAUAGGGCGGGUUCUCAGACUCAUUAAAGCGGCCAAAGGCAUUCGGAAGCUUCUGUUCGCCUUUUUAAUCUCCAUUCCUGCCCUAUUCAACAUUGGAUGUCUGCUGGGACUGAUGUUGUUUAUUUACGCUUUGAUAGGAAUGUCUCUUUUCGGCUAUACAAAACACAACGGAAUGAUAAAUGACAAAGUCAACUUCGAGACAUUUUUCAACUCCAUGAUUCUCCUGUUUCGACUUAUGACUUCCGGAGGCUGGAACGAUAUCUUGGACGCCCUGAUGAUUGACGAAAACGGAGGGUGCGACCCAAAGUUGAAAAACGCUGGUCUUAGGGGUGACUGCGGGUUAAUGUACAUAGCCAUUCCAUAUAUGGUCAGUUUUCUACUGGUUAACUUCUUGAUCAUCAUCAACAUGUACAUUGCAAUCAUUUUGGAGAAUUUCAACAACGCUCAUCAACAGGAAGAGAUCGGGAUCACUGAGGAUGAUAUGGAAGCGUUUUACCAAAUUUGGCAACGUUAUGACCCUAUGGCCACUGAGUUUAUUCACUAUUUGACCCUGCCCGAUUUCUUGGACGACCUCGACCCGCCUUUCAGGAUAGAAAAGCCAAACGCGAUCAAAAUUGUCAACUUGAAGCUCGUGAUUAACGACGAAGAAAACGUCCAUUGCCUCGAUAUACUGAAGCAGCUGAUUCGAUACGUGUUGAAAUCCGAAGCUUAUGAUUCUGCAGACGCGCUUAAAGAACUAACAGACAAGGUUGAAGAGAAAUUCAUGGAAGCAUUCCCCACUUUAAAAACCCAAGUGCCCAAAUCGGAUACUUUCAAGCGAAAGCAGGAAGAUCAUGCUGCCAAGAGGAUCCAAAAGGCCUGGAACUCUCAUAAGUUCCGCCAGACGAUCCGGAGAGCAUCAUCAUCUGCGAUGACCUCAAUCAAACUCCACAACCUGGUGCCUAUAAUUACCAAAAAUCAACAAAUGAACGGUGCCUUGGACACCAGUCUUUCAAAUAAAAGUCACGGCGGCAGCAGCGACGACGUGAACGUGCAACAGCCAAUCAGAGCGAGCAGUCCAAACACAGCCAAUCACCAUUGAGAUACAAUCGCUAGUUUUGAACAAUCAAAAGCAAACUCAAACGAAACGAAAAGCAGGAAAUGUUUAGAAUGACUUCAAUUUUAGCUAACUUGUUUCCAUAUUUUUCUGUUUCCUUGCCAUUUUGAUGUUUGAUUCUGAUAAAACAGCGUUCACUUGGUACCGUUGGGUGAUUGUGAUUUGUACUAACAAGGCAUUUCAGUUGAAAAGACUCCACCGAAUGAUUUAAACUUGAGCACAGCGCGCGAAGCUUCCAACUCCAAAAGCGCAUCUGACAAGAGUGAAUUAAUUCCAAUCUGUACAUACAUUAAUUUUGUUCAUUAAAGUUUAUUUUUUCAG